UGAAAACAAAUUUUGUUGUUGGUUAGGUGAUUAGGAGCCAUAAUCCAUUUACUACUUGCCCCCAUUUCUUUCAUUUAUGUCUAUCUUUUUCCCCCUGGGUGAACCCAUCUCUUUUUCCUCUAAUAUAAUCAAUCUUCCACACUUUCUCCCCAUUCCAUUCCAUUCCUCACUCAAUUUAGACAAUACCCACCAAAAUUUUUCUUUACUUUACCCUCUGUUUUUGAUGGGAAAUUACAGGUUUAGAUUUUCAGAUAUGAUGCCCAAUGCUUGGUUCUACAAGCUCAAAGACAUGAGCAGGGUCAGAAACCGUACUGCCAACACCAAGAAAAAGCAACAACCAGAACCAUCAAAACCCAACCAGCCCCACCAGAAUUCCUAUCCCAGAAAGUCUUACUAUUUCUCCAGGGAGCUUGUUUCCCAUGACAGACUCUGCAAUUCUCCCAGAUUAUCCACUGACCCACCUAGGAAAUCCUCCAGGCGGAUAAGAUCCCGGGGCUUAGCGGCCGCCAGGGCCUCCCCCACGCUUGUCACCUCCUCUGUCUCAUCCGUAUGCAACUGCCGUGCCAGUGCUACUCUCAGGACUACACCCGAUUCUCAACCGCCAGAGCACUCUGCCUCUUAUUCUUCUGAUGGGUCUCUGGAGCUAGAGCUUGGGGAAUCUUUUCCACCGGAAUUCAGGACGGACCGCAUUCUUACUACUGAUUCGUUCGACGAUAUGGUAGCUUUGUCCCGUUCCCAGGCCAAAGAGAUCGUUAUCGAUGUGGGGCAGAUUGAGCUUCCUCCUAUUAUUACCAAACCGGGGCAAUUCAAAGAUUCUGUGAAGGAAUUGAAGAUGAAAGAACAGCACAAAGAACACACCGAAUAUGGUAGGAGUUCGCUCACCGUCAACGUUAAGAAGGAGAAGAGGAUCACAAUGAAAGAACAGAGGAACACCACCCCUGCUAGAAAAUUGUCAUCAAAUUCUCCAGGAAUGAAGCUGAGAAUCAAUUCUCCGAGAAUUGCUAACCGGAAAAUCCUGGCUCAAGCUCGGAAAAGCGUGUCGUCGAGUUCAAGCGCCGGUUUGCGAACCUCGAGGAGGAACAUAUCGGAGAGUUUAGCGGUGGUGAAGUCGUCGUUCGAUCCUCAGAGGGACUUCAGGGAAUCAAUGGUGGAGAUGAUUGUGCAGAACAACAUCAGGUCUUCCAAGGACUUGGAAGAUUUGCUUGCUUGUUAUCUUACUUUGAAUUCUGGUGAAUAUCAUGAUCUCAUUAUCGAGGUUUUCAAGCAAAUCUGGUUUGAUUUGAGUGAUCAUAUCCAGUUGAAGUAAUAAUUUCGUUUAGAGUUUUCAUAAAUGUAUAUCUUUACUUAUAUUUCAUACCUUUCUAAUGAAUAAUUCUUAAUUUU